CAUUCAGUGUCUUUUUAUUAUUUAGGGAGGUUUUACAGUAAGGUUUUAACUGAAAUAACUGAUUUUCAGUCUUUAAUUUUGUUACUUCUAACCAUGUUUGUGUAAAACCUGCACUAAAUGACUUGUUCUUUGAGAUGUCCCAGCAGUAAGUAAAAUGGAUGCGUGGCGAGCAUAUGAUUAGUUUAAAAAGUACUAAAUAACGCGAUUAAGAGAAACUUCCGCUUCUUCACCUGCUCCACUCGAGGAUCGUUUUGUCAGUCGGACUUCGGUUUUACACUUACUCCGGAUUUACUUCAGAUCUAACAGUGCUUUGGACAGUUUUUUGAGCGACUCUCUCAUCCAUAAACACAAGGCCAAUUUUUUUGUAGCUGAAGAGGUGUGAGCCAUCAUGGCUAAAGUGCAGGUGCUGAAUGUGGCUGUUCUGGAUAACCCCAGUCCUUUUGGAAACCCGUUUCAGUUCGAGAUUACAUUUGAGUGUAUGGAGGACUUACCUGAAGAUCUGGAGUGGAAGAUCAUCUACGUGGGCUCUGCAGAGAGUGAAGAGUAUGACCAGAUUCUGGACUCGGUUCUGGUCGGUCCGGUUCCUGCUGGCAGACACAUGUUUGUGUUUCAGGCGGAUGCACCAAACACAGGGCUGAUCCCUGAGAGUGACGCGGUGGGCGUGACCGUAGUGCUGAUCACAUGCACCUAUCGGGGACAGGAAUUCAUCCGCAUUGGCUACUAUGUGAACAAUGAGUACACAGACCCUGAGCUACGGGAAAACCCGCCGGUCAAACCCGACUACACACAGCUGCAAAGAAACAUCUUGGCCUCAAACCCUCGAGUGACGCGCUUCCACAUCAACUGGGAGGCCACAAUGGACAAGAUGGAAGACUCCGAGAAUGUAGACCCCGCCCCCAACGCCAUGCUCCCGCCCACAUGCAUGCCUGGCAAAGCCCCGCCCCUCGGACUCAUGCCAGACAACUCAAUGGACUGUUUAUAGUAGAGUCCAGCAAAGCACAACACCUCAGACAUACAUGUGUCAUCUUGUGUUUAAACUGGACUCACACACACACACACACACUCUGGCACUUACUGCUGUUGUGGGACUCGCAGACGUCUCCAAAACCUGCCGCACCAGCAGGCAUGGACUGUUUUCACUAGAAUCUCACAAAAACAUGUUCAGGUCACAUUUUCCAUCAAAUUGAGGAAGGUUUUUAGGUGACAUUACCAUCCUUUUCCUCCAUUUAGUUAUUUAUUUUUAAAUGGAUAAAAUAAUCGGCUGUAAUAUUUGGAGUUACACUAAGGAUAAAGUGCGACGCUGACAUGUUUUUGCUUAUCUGAGGGAGAUUUAUGCUGCAAUAUGGUACAAAAUAAUCAAUAGUAUUUUCUCUGGGAGUAUUUCACUUGGAAGUGAUCUAAUAUGUGGAAGUGGUCGCAGUUCCAGCUGUUUCUGUGAGAUUGUUUUGGUUCGUUUUUAAUCUGAACGCCUGGUUUAUAUCGGUGCUUUUGUUGCCUUCUUUCCAUGUGCCAUUUGUUUAGGUUUAAUAAAUAUUAACUUUUGUCUU